AUGUCCAGUGCUGCUGGCAAGUUUGAUGGGUGCGCCACAAUGGCUUCAAUCUUCAUAACCAUCCUUCAGAACGAGGCUUUAACUGCCCGGCUGCUUGAGGCUGUUCUUCAUGCAGAUCGGGGCCUUGGUUCUCUUUCUUGGCUUGCACGUACUUGCAAGGCAUUGAGGGACCCCGCGCUCACACUGCUGUGGCGCGAUCUCAACUCUUUUGAGCCAUUAGUCACCCUCUUUCCGCAAACCAAAUCACGAGUAUUCGGUUCGAUGAGACAGAAGGAUUGGGACCGUAUCCUAGGUUAUGGAUCCCGCGUUCGUAGCAUCUCGUACAUCGACAGCGGCACACCGUCCACCCUUUUUGAUCUGCUAGAGAAGCACACCAAUGGACCUGAUCACAUCAUGCCCAACCUGACAUCAUUGUCAUACCAGUCAACUUACCCCCCCAAAUCCAAGCAUUGCACUUUGUUAUUGGGUCCCAAAGUGCAGACCCUCAAUGUAAAGGUGCAGUGGAUGAGAUAUUCCACACUCGUUGCAUGGCGCAAUGUCUCGGCGAGUGCGCCAGCGCACAAUUUGAAGUCACUCUCUUCAUUGUCGAUUGAAGUGAGCGGCCUCUAUAACUUCUACGCAUUAAUCAAGGAUGUACCUCCGUCCGAGGUUGCUUUGGAGCACUUGUCUUUGGUCUCAGCAAAGGGUAUCGAGCCUGAUCCUCUUUUCAUGUUAUGGGUAGCGGAUCUUCCCAAGCUACAUACUUUGGGAUUGGCGGUGAAGUAUGGAAAUGUAUCCGCCAGCGCAGCGGUGGAGUACCAUCGCAACACCUACGACACCAUUCCUGAGCCAACCUCUUCCAUGCGCACCUCUGAAAGUCAUGUACCGGAUGUAAAAAUACCAAAAUUCGGACGAUUGCGCAAGGUUCGACUCAUAGGGACGCGUACGGAUUGUCUUGUGUUUCUUAGGGAUCUGUCGGGCCCCCAGCUUCAUCAUGUCGAGCUCGAGCUUGUCCCUGCGGAGUCCGACCUGGACUGGCAUCGUAUGUGUAUUGCUCUCCGGAUGCACUGCUCCAGUUCUUUGCACACGCUGCGCAUCCAUUCUCCGCAUGUCGGCUAUGUGCAGGAACCCAUCCAACUGGAGAUAUGGCAGCUUGGGCCAUUGCCCCAUCUUCGGUGCCUUGAGAUUGACCUUCCUGACGUUAUAUUCAACGACUCGAGUAUCGUGGACCUGACGGUGGCCAUCCCUUCUUUGGAGGAAAUAAGGCUGGCUCCGUUCAUGCGCUUUCCCCAUCAAGGGACGGAAAUGUAUCGGUUCACUUGGUUAUAUUCCGAGCGGGAUUCCCUGACUCCCUCGGAGAUGUACAAGGCGAUCAAAGAUUAG